UAAACUAAUGUCUGUCAGUGACCUAACCCAUCUUCUUCUUCUUCCUCCUCCGGCGGCUCAACAAAAACAACUUCAAAUUCGUUGCAGUGGAAGAGGAUAAGAUGAUGGGUAGGCGCUAACUGCUAAGCAUCAACUCUUUCAGCUUCGAUUACUCUGCCCUUUCGUCUUCUGGGAAUGGAAACCCAACAUUCUUCUUGGAUUUGCAGAGAGAUUGCAGUGUUAUGAGGGGUUCUUUUUUGUAAUUCUUGAUUGGUUGUUUCAAUGUUUCACCUCUGAGAUUGGGAUCUUCUGUUUCCCCAAAGAGGAAAGUUGAGAUUGGCCUGCUCUAUAUCACAGGGGGCUUUCAAGAAAGGUUUUUUUUUUUUUUUUUUAAAUUUUUUUUUUUUUAAGGGAGCUUGGUUGGUUAGAGGUUGGAGUGGAUUUGGUGGAGCUGCCAAGCCCUGUUCUGGGAAGCUAUGGUGAGGAAACAUGGAUGGCAGCUUCCAGCACACACCUUUCAGGUCGUUGCAAUAACCGUUUUCUGCUUACUAGUGGUUGCAUUUUAUGCUUUCUUCUCUCCUUUCCUUGGAGGACACGUUUGGGAGUAUGUACUGGUUGGAGUCUAUUCGCCAGUGGCACUCCUGGUUUUCAUUCUUUAUGUUCGGUGCACUGCAAUUAACCCUGCAGAUCCUGGUAUAAUGUCAAAGUUCGAUUCUGAGCUAUUAAGCAAUACGAGCCCGAAGCAUGGACUUUCUGCCAAAAAUAUGUCCGGGAAGUUUGAAGGACUUGGCGCAGAUGCAAAUUCGUCUCCUUCUUCGGUCUCGAGAAGUUCAUUUGGUGUGUCGCACUCUGUUAAGAGAAGUCAACCGGAAGCUGACAGGACAGAUGGUCGAGUAGUUUCUUCUAGAAGGAGGUCAUCAUCUUGUUGUAAGAUUGGAGGAAUCUUCUGUGCCUUGUUUGUACACGAGGAUUGUCGCAAACAGGACGGUGGAGUUGAGCAGGAAGGCGCGAGCGAAGAUGCUUUGUUCUGCACACUGUGCAAUGCCGAGGUAUGCAAGUUUAGUAAGCAUUGUAGAAGCUGUGACAAAUGUGUUGACGGAUUUGAUCACCAUUGUCGGUGGCUAAAUAACUGUGUCGGGCGGAAAAAUUAUGCAACCUUUAUAUCUCUUAUGGCCAUCAGUCUAGUAUGGCUUGCUAUUGAAGCUGGGACCGGAGUUGCUGUUUUGGUGCGGUGCUUCGUGAAUAAAAAGAACAUGGAGGCUGAAAUAGUCGACAGACUAGGGAAUGGUUUCUCUCGGGCUCCAUUUGCAACUGUUGUGGCUGUUUGUACAGCGGUUUCAGUACUGGCUUGUGUGCCCUUGGGUGAACUCUUCUUUUUCCACAUGAUACUGAUCAGAAAGGGCAUUACGACAUACGAAUAUGUUGUUGCGAUGAGGGCGGCCAUGAGCGAGGCCCUGGGGGGAGCAUCUAUAGAUGAAGAGCAAGGAAACAUUCUACUCUCUCCAACGGGAUCUGCAACAACUGGUUUCAGCGGUGGAAGCUCGUUAGGCCUGCAGUACAAAGGAGCGUGGUGCACCCCUCCUCGUGUGUUUGUUGAUUAUAACGAAGAAGUUGCACCUCAAUUGGAACCGGGAAUAGUUCCGUCAACAGUUGAUCCAGACGCAGCUGGGUUCGAGGACAAGGGCAACAAGGCGUCUAAGCGGCCUGUUAAGAUCAGUGCGUGGAGGCUUGCGAAGCUAGAUUCGAGCGAUGCUAUGAAAGCUGCAGCUAAAGCCCGAGCAUCCUCGUCGGUCCUACGCCCUAUUGACAACCGUCGUUUGGCUGAUUCUGAGCUAAGCUCGAGUGAGAAUAUGAGUGUGAGAAGCAGUAUGAGUGCUGACACUGGUGGAAACAAAGACACAAGGAUUUCUCCGUUUAGGAACUCGUUUGCGCCUAGUCAAGGCAGCAGGGACGAGUACGAGACGGGCACCCAAAGCGUGAGUAGCUUCAGCAGCCCGAGCCACGUUCACGAGGCGGUCACGCUAAGCCCCCUCCCGCAGGCUAACAACAAUUUUAGCUACCAGAAUGCUGGCAUUAUCCCCGAGCAGGCUCGGGCAUCAUUGGCUAAUAACACCCGCCCCCGCCCAUUAUCUUACACCUCUUCAGACUUCGAUGAAAAGAUCGUGCACAGAAGUGGCGCUGCUGACCCGUUACUCCUCUCUGCAGUCGCUCCACCAACGUCUCUCCUCAGAGACGUUAAACGAACAUCUGUUGUCUGGGAUCAAGAAGCCGGAAGGUACGUAUCUGUCCCCGUCUCAGCUGCAGAAGCUCGUGGCAGACCGUCUUUACUAUCAAAUCCUAACGCAGCAGCCAGCAACAGCAAGUGGCCUAUCCCUAUCCCGCUCCCUCAAGAGCCUUCCCAUCCAGCACCAAAGCCUCCGGUCCAGCAGUCCGAGAAGCUGAUGUACAGCGGGGAGUCUAUAUUCUUCGGUGGCCCUCUGUUUCGCGGGCCCAUCAAGGACAGUAUGAAGAACGAGAGAGCCUCCGGAUCUGGAAAUGGACUGGAGAGGCUACAACUGAACUUGCCCCGGGAAUCCAGGUUCAAGAGAGACGGCGCCUCCCACCAGCUUCCCGUGUUCGCCCCCGGGGAUUUGGCGCCACAUUCUUCAUCAGCAUCAGGCCACAAGAAGUAGGUGAUUGUAAUGGAAGGAUUUGUGUUUUUUUUUUUGUAUUAGAGCAUUUGGCAUUUGCAAUGGGGGGUUGGGGAAUUGAGGGUUUUGAGAAAACAGAAGAAAUCUCUGAAGGGAGGUAAGAUUUAGGGCUCCAGGAACCUGCAGCCUAGUGAUUCUCAACUAGCAGGCAGAGGUUCCAGUGGUUUCUUCUUCAAUCAAUUUCUUAACUUUUACCCCGCUGUAAUAUAGAGCAGAUGGACUCGUAGAACCACUUUACCCUUUCAAUAUUUGAUUUAUGGAAUUACAAAAUUUCUCCCU